AUGCCUCGCGUGGACAUAGACCUCAAGCUGGACUUUAAGGAUGUCCUCUUCAGACCCAAGAGGAGCAGCCUCAAGAGUCGCUCAGAGGUGGACCUUAAGAGGACGUUCACAUUCCGCAACUCCAAACAGACCUACACUGGCAUCCCCAUCAUCGCUGCCAACAUGGACACCACAGGAACGUUUGAGAUGGCACGGGUCCUCAGCAAACACACCCUCUUCACAGCCAUUCAUAAACACUACUCGGUAGAAGACUGGAAAAACUUUGCUGCUACUCAUCCUGACUGCUUAGAGCAUGUAGCUGCCAGCUCAGGCAGCGGCACUGCAGAUCUGGAGAAGCUGUGUGCCAUCUUGGAGGCCGUCCCUGCUCUCAAGUACAUCUGUCUGGAUGUGGCCAACGGCUACUCUGAGUACUUUGUGGAGUUUGUCAAGACGGUCAGAGGAAAGUUCCCCAAACACACCAUCAUGGCUGGUAACGUAGUAACAGGGGAGAUGGUGGAGGAGCUCAUCCUCUCCGGUGCUGACAUCAUCAAAGUCGGCAUCGGGCCAGGGUCUGUGUGCACGACAAGGAUCAAGACAGGAGUGGGCUACCCGCAACUCAGUGCUGUGAUAGAGUGUGCAGACUCAGCCCAUGGACUCAAAGGACACAUUAUCUCUGACGGUGGCUGCAGUUGCCCAGGAGAUGUAGCUAAGGCCUUUGGCGCAGGUGCUGACUUUGUAAUGAUGGGAGGGAUGCUUGCAGGCCAUGACCAGUGCUCUGGGGAGCUCAUUGAGAAGAACGGCAAGAAAUACAAACUCUUCUAUGGCAUGAGCUCCGACACAGCCAUGAAGAAAUAUGUCGGUGGAGUUGCUGAGUAUAGGGCAUCUGAGGGGAGGACAGUGGAGGUUCCCUAUAGAGGAGAUGUGGAGAACACCAUCCUUGAUGUGUUGGGGGGCCUCCGCUCCACCUGCACCUACGUGGGUGCCGCCAAGCUCAAAGAGCUGAGCAGGAGAACCACCUUCAUCCGUGUCACACAGCAGUCCAGCCAGAUGUUCACUUAGAAGGGCGCACACAUGUCCGCACACACAGGUUGCAUGAUAUGCAUUGUACAUUUACUGUGCAGCUUAAACAUGCAAUAGCAGGACAGUGGUAUGACACAUCCAGCAGAAUCCCACACAGACACUUCUACAUCAUCACCCAACCUAUUCCUCUCAGGAUAUCUGUCAGAAAGCUGUUAGUCUCCUGCAGGUUGUGAUUAAAAUAAACUCAAGAGUUUUACUUGGUAACACUAUCCCAGAAGAAUCACAGCACUCUAAUCAACUUAAUCCUACAGUGAGGGCAUUUACAUGCUUACAGACACAAUAAUAUGCCAUCAUUGAAUGUACCAGAUUUCAUUUUUGAAUGGGCGCAUGCAGAUGUCCCAGUUAAUAAAGCUUGGAUAAAUUCUCAGAUCUAAUCUUUCAAAAUACUCUUUUAGCUUGGGUAUAUAGAGAAGUCGGGAUGUUUCUAGAUUAACAGCAUAUCGAGAAUAAACAAGACUGUGAGCUAUGUGAAAUACACGGGUAUAUGUAAACACACUCAGCAGGAGGAGGCUGUUACACGUGCUAAGAUAAUUUGGGGAAACUGUGUAGCUUUAUGUUGGAAAUGCAAGAAUCAAUAUGCAAGAUGUGGGGUCACCCUUUAACUGUCACUGGAGAAAUCAUGUUGCAAUAAACUGCAUGCAGGGCC